UCUCCCACCUUCCUCUCUGCAAAAUCAUUUGAACUCCAAAAAUCCAACAGCAGAACCGCCGGAGAACUCACCAGUGUUGGUGGCGGUGGCCUUUCAAAGGCGGCGGACCGCCUAGCGAUCAGCCAUUUUCCUGCGAGACCGCCAUUGCCGCCGCUGAGAUCCACCGGUUGGGCGCUUCCUCUUUCGAUGGCGAAGGGGCUGCAGGGCGGCGGCGGCCAGAGUUUGCCGGCCGACGUCUCCCAGGUCGUCGAUCAGCUGGAGCGCCACUGCUUGGCUCCCGACGGCUCUCUCGUCUCCAAAUCCGCCUACUACGACCUCCAGCUCGCGAGAGAGGAGAUGUCCAGAGAGAGGCUGCGUUAUCUGGAAGCCAUGGCGAUCUAUUGCGAGGCAAUUGCUAUGGUUGAAGAGUAUCAGCAGGCUGUUUCGGUGGCUAAUCUCGGCGGGAUUCGUGAUCUUCAGGGUUUGUAUCCACAGCUCGGAUUGAAGAACUCCCCGCAGGUAUAUGAGACUCUAGAGCACCGUCUGGUUGUCGCAGAAGCAGCUCAAAGACUGAGGCUUCCUUUAAUAUCGAAAGAUGGAGAGAUCCACGAGGAUGAAAUUGAGAAGUGGAGUAUAAUGUCAAGAAGCUCCAUUGAUAGCACUAGUACUAGCUUUACCAUCAGUUCAAGCACUAAUUCCAUAAAUUAUACAAACAUCUCUACAAAUAGCAGUCUAGGCACUGCCAAUAAUUCUCCAUCAAUUAGCAAUGCUGAUGCGGUGGAACCUGGAGUUGGUGGUGUUCCUAACCGUUUUCUUGGAAUUACACCUGUGUAUUUAUGGCAAACUCAGCUUCAACGGGCACCACUAGCUGUGGAUAUGACAGAGUAUCAGAUGUCUGUGUCCCAUGAGAUUGAGGCUCGUCUGAAAGUCAAAUGUGAUAAACUGGCUGAUGCGUUCGCUGAUGACAUUGAUUCAUCAUCAGGAAAUCAAAAUUUGAGUGCCCGUCUGCCAGAAAGGGUGAAAUCUAUCAUUGAGGAGAUUGAAAGGGAAGAAUCAGCUCUUCGGGAAGACCUUUACUCUGCAGAUAGGAAAUUUGCGGAAUACUAUAAUGUCUUAGAGCAAAUACUUGGAGUGCUCAUCAAGCUGGUCAAGGAUUUGAAAUUGCAACAUCAGCAUAAAUAUGAUGAACUACAAAAGACGUGGCUAUGCAAAAGGUGUGAAACCAUGAGUGCUAAACUGAGAGUUUUAAAGCAUAUACUUUUAUACGAAACUUAUACUCAGGAGUCAAUUCCAGCUCUCCACAAAAUAAGGAAGUAUCUUGUUGAGGCCACAGAAGAAGCUUCAAUAGCUUACAACAAAGCGGUAACAAGACUUAGGGAGUAUCAAGGCGUCGAUCCUCACUUCGAUACAAUUGCAAGGCAGUAUCAUGAUAUAGUGAAGAAAUUGGAAAAUAUGCAAUGGACAAUUCACCAAGUGGAAAUGGACCUGAAACGCAUGCCCGAUCAUCCAAACGCAUGAGUGUGGAGCCCCCUCAAGUAUGGCAUCGUGGCUUAUUAUUUUGUUGCAUUUAUGCACCAAGGAUUGGAUGAAGCUAAGUGAUAGCUGUUUACUGUGUAUCUGUGCUAUAGCAAAUGUUAAGUUGAAAAUCAUAUUCGUCUCAA